GGGGCGUCCCCUUGUCGACGCGCAGGCUGCCGCACCUCCGGACAAUGCGCGCGGUUACGCCCUCACCCAACAUAAAGCGAACUGUCAGAAAGCAGCCGGCUGAUCCAUGCGCCUGUUGUCAGGGAGCCGAGGCCGCAGCGUCUUCGCAGAGAAGGUAAUUUAACUACCGUACCGUAGAGCCUUGGGAGCGAGUGCCAGCCAGGAUGAUUCUUGAAACAUUGAAAGGCAUUGGGCAGCAGCUCCUGCGGGUGAAGGUUGUGGACUGUAACACAGAGGACUCCCGCCUGUGUCGAUGCCUCAACACAUUUGACCUGGUGGCCCUGGGCGUCGGCAGCACGCUGGGGGCCGGCGUCUACGUGCUCGCCGGCGCCGUAGCCCGAAGCAACUCUGGACCCGCCAUCGUCCUCUCCUUCCUCAUCGCCGCCCUGGCCUCCGUCCUAGCCGGCCUGUGCUACGCCGAGUUUGGAGCCCGCGUCCCCAAAACGGGCUCGGCUUACCUCUACAGCUACGUGACAGUCGGAGAACUGUGGGCCUUCAUCACAGGCUGGAACCUCAUCCUGUCUUAUAUCAUCGGAACCUCAAGCGUGGCCAGAGCGUGGAGCGCGACCUUCGACGAGCUGAUUGGAAGGCACAUUGAGGAAUUCUGCAGACGAUACAUGACCAUCAACGCCCCGGGCAUCCUGGCAGAAUAUCCAGACAUAUUUGCUGUCUUCAUCAUAAUUACUCUGACGGGACUGCUUGUUAUCGGAGUGAAGGAGUCGGCCAUGGUAAAUAAAGUGUUCACCUGUGUCAAUGUGCUGGUGCUGCUGUUUGUGGUCAUCUCUGGCGUGGUCAAAGGAAACCUGGAAAACUGGAACGUGAACCCUGAAAAAAUCCUCAACGCUACCGACAACUCCAGCCUCAAUAUGUCGGAGACAUUGCUGUCAAAGGAAAUGCUCGGUGAAGGUGGAUUUAUGCCUUUUGGCUUUUCCGGAGUCCUCUCCGGUGCGGCCACCUGCUUUUAUGCCUUCAUAGGGUUCGACUGCAUUGCCACCACAGGAGAAGAGGUGAAGAAUCCCCAGAAGGCCAUCCCUAUUGGGAUCGUGGCCUCGCUCCUCAUCUGCUUCGUGGCCUACUUCGGCGUGUCGGCGGCGCUCACUGUGAUGAUGCCGUACUACCUGCUGGACAAGAACAGCCCCCUGCCAGUGGCCUUUAAGUACGUGGGCUGGGAGGGAGCCACCUAUGCUGUGGCCAUUGGAUCUUUGUGUGCCCUGUCGACCAGUUUACUAGGUUCCAUGUUCCCAAUGCCCAGAGUGAUCUGGGCCAUGGCAGAAGAUGGCCUGCUCUUCAAAUGUUUGGCUAAAACCAGCCAAAGAACCAAAACCCCUCUAACAGCUACAAUAACAUCGGGUGUUGUGGCAGCUGUGAUGGCUUUCCUGUUUGACUUGAAGGACCUGGUUGACCUCAUGUCCAUUGGAACCUUGCUCGCCUACACUCUGGUUGCCGCCUGUGUGCUGGUCCUCAGGUACCAGCCUGAACAGCCCAGUGCGGCCUACGAGAUGGCCAACACUCAGGAUGAACCGGAAAUCCCUGAUUCAUACAACAUCGACAUACUGCCGCAGCCGGACGAUCGCUUCACCGUCAAGAAUCUCCUUUGCCCUUCAAACACAGAGCCUUCCCCGCUGUCUGGCUUCGCAGUCAAAAUUUGCACUAGUGUACUUGGUGUUUUGGUGUUUGUCUUCAGUAUUAUAGCUGUUCAGGGAGGACUGGCGCCCUGGUCGGUGACUAUCCUCACCAUUGUCAUGGCGAUCUGUCUGAUGCUCUGCUUCAUUGUGUGCAGACAGCCACAGAGCAAGGCCAAGCUUGCCUUCAAGGUUCCCCUGCUGCCCUUUGUCCCAAUCAUCAGCAUGUUUAUCAAUGUGUACCUGAUGAUGCAGCUCGACAGAGGAACCUGGCUGCGCUUUGCCAUCUGGAUGGCCUUAGGUUUCGUCAUUUACUUCGGCUACGGCAUCCGAAACAGCGCGGAGGCAGUGUUGACCAAGUCCGACACCUACACACCAGCCUGCACAAUAAAAGGCGAGCCCAUGAUCACGGAGAAGGAAUCCUUCCUUCAUAACACACAAAACGCCGCCGGAGACGUCGACGAAGAUUCCUGAGGAAACAGGAAAGUUCUCCAAUCCCAUCUGUCUCUGUUCCGCAUAUCAAGUAAUUCACACGUGUUAAAGUCUGAGAGGUGGCUGCAAAUCCAGGAGACAUAUGGAGACUUGAAUAGUAGUUUUAUCUAAUUCCUGCCAGUUAUAUUGUCUAGUUUGGCUGAUGGGGGAGAACAAGAAAAAGAAGACAAAAUGAAUGUCUGAAUUUAAGAUUUUAAGUAAGAUUCUUUUUUGUUUUUUACGUUUUGCAGUUUUAAAUGAUCAAUUUUACUAAGCACAAUUGAAGCUGUGGAUAUUUACAGUACAGUACAUAUUUUGGACUGCUAAACUAUUUUGGUUCCUUAUACCUCAGGAUAAGCCUCAUUAUUAUAGUUUUUUUAAAAUAUCAUACUGUAUGUGAGGUCCUCCCCCACCCCCCCAGUGUGUGUUACUUCUCUCCUUGCUGAACAACGAACAACACUCCCCCUGCACAGCCAGCCACAGUGAUCAUCGGGGGCUGGUCGGUCGCAGGAACAUCUUAAGUGAGGAUCAAAAUUAACCCCAUACAAAAUGUCUCUCUGGCUUUUAUAGUGUACUAAUGUCAUUAAAGUCACUCUCACAGAAAAUAUUUUAUGAACUAUAAAAGGUUUUUAAAAAAUGGAUUUUGUUACUGAGGUAUAUAAAGCACAACUCUGUGCCUUCAUUUAUACAUCGCAGCACUGUGCCAAAAAUAAUCUAGUACAGUACUCAGUAAAUGAAAAGAUUGCUGUUACAUGGAUUUGUCUUACGGCACUCCUAUAUCAGAUACAUCACACCUCGUACAGCAGUGUUGUCUCCUCCAGGGACCUGCACUUUUUGACUAGUCAAAGCAACAACAAAAGAAGAAGAAGCUGCUUACGCAUGUAUUGGAUACUAUAAGGAAUGUAUAUUUUUCCCAAAUGAAUGUCAAGACUUCAGAGGUAUGACGCGCAAUGAUUGUGAAAUAUACAUCAACUGUAUUUUCUGUAUAUACUGUAAAAUCAGGAUUUUGAAAAUAUCCUAUAUGUAUAUAUAUAUAUAUAUAUAUACACCUCGGGUUUCCGACGCGAUGUAACACACUGUUAUCUCAGCCGCUUUGAGUUUGACAAGCUCAUAUUGUAUCUACAGAAACAUAGUGCACCAUAAGUAAUUGAUUUACUUCAGGCAGUUAUAUACAUGUAUCUGAAAAUGGUGCGUGCGCGCGUGCGUACUAAAGACUAAAAACUAAAAAUGCAACAAGAAUAAUCUCUUCACCGAGUACAUUUUUAAAAUCAACUCUUAUGAUACAAUAUUGUUGUCGCGAUUCAUGUUUAAUUGACAGUACUGUUGUAACCUGGAACCAAAUCUUGUUAAUUUAAUUGGAUUAUAUGUUAAAACAAUGUUGAUAUUUAUUGACACAGUUGCUGUAGUUUGUUUUCUAACGAGAGCAUUGAAGAAGCCUGCAGGUUUAAAAUGUUACAUGAAGUCCAAACAGCAUUGGCAAGUAAGAUAAGGCGGCAGAAAGUUGGUUUUCCGUUCACAAAUUUAGAUCCACAUGUUUUUUGUUUUUUUUAUUGAUAAAAUCACAUGCAUCAUUAUUGAAUUAUUAUCUCCAAAAUGUUGUUUUGUAUUUGUAAAUACUGUUUUGCUUUUGCUUAGAAGUUACUGCACAUAUUACACACUGUCUACAACCAUCUCAAACAAGACAUUUGUUGUGGACAUUAUGCUAAGUAAACCGUACCGACAGAAUUGUAGCUGUAGCACUAAACUGGUGAAGAGUAUUUGUUUGAGAGUAAUCUGUUGAAAUUAAUUUCAACCGUUUCAUCCAUUGUUCAUUCAUUGUUGUCAUUGACACUUUCUCGUCUAUGGUAACAUUGAUUUGCAUGCUGACAUAAAAUUUAUUUGUAAAGUAUAAAUAUUAUAGCACGGCGAGGUACUGAACAGUGAGGAUCAGCUGUGACGCCUGUGACGCCUUCGUAUCGGUUGCAGUUUGUAAAGUAUUGACGCUGUAAAUAAACUGGUGAAAAUGAAA